CGGGUCCCGGGGCCGCGUCCGGCCGCGCUGCGGGGGGUCCGGGGAUGGCGCUGGCGCUGCGCCUCCUGCUGCUGGGCGCUGCCGCCCUGCCGGGGCCCGAUCCCGCCUGCACACCAGGCGCAUAUUCCACAUAGUGGUGUCGGAGCCUGGCCCAGGGCUGCCCUGGUACAGCUCUGUCGGCUAUGUGGACGAUCAAGUCAUCUACGUCUACACCAGCGGGAUGCAGAGGGUGGAGCCUCGCACAACGUGGAUGGCGCAGAACGAGGGCCCAGAGUUGUGGGACCUUCGGCUCUUUUGGGUACGGCGCUGGGAGGCCUGGUUCAACGCGAGUCUGAACACCCUGGCUCAGCUCUACAACCGGACCGAGGGGUUUCACAUUAUCCAGACGAUAUUUGGCUGUGAUCUCCAGGAAGGCAACACCAUUCAGGGGUUUUAUCAGGAUUCGUAUGACGGACGAGACUUUCUUACCUUCGAUAAGGAGACCAUGACUUGGGUAGCAGCAGAUAUUGGGGCUCAGAUCACCAAGAGGAGAUGGGAUAUUGAAAUAGAUGACAACCAGGGAUGGAAACGCUACCUGGAGGAGGAAUGUAUUUCCUGGCUAAGGAGUUCUCUGGAGUAUGGGAAGGAGACUCUGCAGAGGAAAGUGCACCCAACAGCUAGAGUGAGCGACAGGUCAUCUCAUGACGGCCUCACCACCCUCUCCUGUAAGGUCAGUGGGUUCUAUCCCCGGGACAUCACCGUGACCUGGCUGAGAAAUGGGGAGAGCAGACAGCAGGAGACCUACUCUGAAGGCAUCCUACCCAGUGGGGAUGGGACCUACCAGAGCUGGGUGACAAUGGAGAUUGAUCCCAAGAUCAAAGCCCAUUAUUCAUGUCACGUGGAGCAUGAAAGCCUGUUAGAGCCACUCUCUGUUUCCUGGGAACCAAAUAAUAAUCUGAUUCCCACAGUGGCUGGAGUUAUCACUGCAGUUGUCCUGAUUGGUGUUAUAAUCGGAGUAGUCGUCUGGAAAAAGAAACGCCCAGGGAAGAAGGGAGACGGCUAUGCUGUAGCUCAGGCAAACGACCAAGGAUCUAGUGGCUCUGACCUAUCUGCCAAGGCUUAACAGAGCCUGGUGGAGUCCGUGCCACGGCCUGAGGGGACCCCCGAGAGGAAGACGGAUGAGCUCUGCUCUGUCUCCCUACAAGAACCAGUCAACCCCUCCCUAGCUUUUCUCUGGCACUUGGAGUGGCCCAUGUGGGAUUUCCGGCCUCGUCUCUCUGCUCACUGAACCACAUUUUGCUUUUCAGAUGUCAUAGUUUUCUGUAAUAAUGUUUUAUUUGCACAAAAUAAUUUCCAACAUUUUAAUGGAUUAAAAACUCUGUUAGUCAGAGUUCAGUAUUUGCCCCAUUCAGUGUGUGCACGCCGUGCUCUGGCUGCGCGGUGCUGUCUGCACACCCUGGACGGGGCGCUAGGUCUGUCAGCAGUAACUGCUUGUGCAUCUGUGGUGGGGACGGCUUUUUUUUCUGCCGAAUUUCAUGAUUAUAACACGGUAAAUGGCCGGGUCUACUCGCAGCUGGUCGCGCUGUUGCCAUCAUCAGCUGAGGACGUCUGUUGGACAGGAAUAAGUGUCUGCGUUUAGUUUGUAAGUGCCUCUAAUGUCCUUUUCACCAUUCAUAGAGCCAUAGAAAUGCUGGGCUAGAAGGGCCCUCAAGAGAUCAUCAAGUCCAGCCCUGAUCUCAGGCAGCACCAAGUUAACCUAGACCAUCCCUGAGAGGUGUUCGUGCAACCUGUCCUUAAAAACCUCCAACGACGGGGAUUCCACAUCCUCUCUAGGCAACCUGUGUGACAAAGUGGGGUAUUUUCCUAACGUUGCGUAUGUAUACUGUGUGCCUCAGUUUCCCCCGUGUGCUGCAUGUCUAACCCAGGUGGGAGGGGGGGUGUCUGUUGUUGUAGAGGACCAGGUGUGACCCAGUCUAGCAGCCUGGACCCCAGACCAUGGCCUGGGCACUUUGUAACUUAGCGACUGAUGACCUGAAGGCCCAUCCCAACUUGGAGCCAGCCAGUUAUGGGCAGCGGAGAGAACAAAGAGCUGAAGAGAGAGUCACCUGGAGACCUGUUUGCCUGGGAAAGAAGACAGAUGGAAGUGGGGCCUUGGAGGUGAUAUGGGGUGGGCCGCAGAAAGGAGGAGUCACUUCUGGUCUGGGAACAAAGAGCUGCCUGAGCCCACCUGGAUGGGGACAGACCCAGAUGGACGCCCCUGAGAACGUCUUGUAAUCUGCUCCAGACGUACAAUAAACCCUUCUGUGCUGCGCUGGCUGAGAGUCGCUGCAGGCUCGAGAGAGGCAGGCAUGCUGGAGGCUCAGACGGGCGGUACUGGGAGGUGGAGGAGAAGCCUACAGCUUAAACCCUGAGCAAAGAGUGUGACCUUGUGUAGGGUCAAUACUCUGAAAGGCCGGUUCCCCCCAGGAGCCAAGAGAGCACUGGCCUGUGAGUCUGUGACAACCUGUUCCACAGUGAACUGUCCUUAGAGCUAGAGAGUUUUCCUGAUGUCUAACCUAAAUCCCCCCGUCUCCUACUAUCAGUGCACCUGGAGAACACUUGAUCACCGUCUUCUUCAGAGCAGCCCUUAAUGCCGGGGUAGUUAAUUAUUUUUUGUCAAGGUCCAAAUUUCUUGGUCAAGGUAUAGUCACGGUCCAGACUCAAGAGAAGCAUUUUUCACACCACAAGUGCCCCUGUUCAACAAACACCUGCAGUGCUGUGAAAUAUACCCAGGGCCUAUAUUGUUUAUAUUCUUAGUGCAUUAAAUGAAAAAUAAAAUCAAGCCAUGGUAUAGCCUAAAAAUAACCUCCAAGAAAGAUAACGAGGAGUCUGGUGGGCCCAUGAAAGCUCAGGCCCAAAUAAAUCGGUUAGUCUUUAAGGUGCCACCAGACUCCUCGUUGGUUUUGUGGAUACAGACUAACACGGCUCCCCCCUGAUACUUGUCUCCAAGAAAGAUGUAAUUUAUCUGAAACUUUGAGAAAGUGUUUAGAAAAAUGUCAAAUAGAUGCAACUAUUAGCAUUAAAAAUACUUUCAGGCAACAGG